CAAACUUACUGGAACUAUGAAUAAUAUGAAUAACCAACAAGUUCCCCAAAAAUGAGAAGUUUAUUAUUAUUACCCGUUAUGUAUAUAUAUGUGUGUCUUAUGAUUGUUUGCAUGUUUACCCUUUAUAAGGUCAACAAUAAUAAUAAACAAUUUGAUUGGUUAAAUGAAUAUCAUUUGGGAAAAAAAAUUCAAAAAAAAAAAAGAAAAUUUCCACCUUCACUGAGUAUAAAGAAAAAUUAAAAUAACAAAGGCAUUGAAAUAAACACUUUUUGAUCUUAUCAUUAUAACAUUAUACAAUUGUAUUAUAUAUGCUUAAUAAUAUUGUGGAUCACAUUUACCAUUGAUCAUUUAAUAAUAUGGAUAAUUAUGAAAUAACUGAUGAUUUUGAACGAUUUUGUCAUAUAGCACAACGUUCACCAAGAGAUAGUUUAGCACCAACAAUACAAAUAACUGAACCAACUUAUCGUGGAAAUAAUAUAACACCUAUUAAUCAAUCAGAAUAUUUAUCAACAUUAAAUGUGGAAUCAUUAAAACGUGCAUCAAGUUUUAGAGAACCUAAACGACGUAAAUCAUUUCAACCAAGUAGUUUUAGUGGUGAAAUUAGUGCAACUAGAUCACCAAUUAGAUCUAGUCCACAAUGGGAUCAUUCAAAUGAAUUAAAUCAAUUUAAUUAUAGACAAAAACAACAACAACAACGUUCUCGUUAUUAUAAUAAUGAAUCAAAUGAUACAAAUGUUUUACGAACUAAUGAUAAUACACAAAGAUAUUGGCAAAAUUUAGAUACAAGUCGUGAAUCUUCAAGUCCUUAUUCAUGUUCUCCAGCAAUGUAUAGACUUGGUACUACUCGUGAUAGACCAGGAUCUAUGAAAGAAACUAGUUAUAAACGUACAAGAAGUCAAGAAAAACAUAAAUCAAGACCAUCGGCUCCAACAUUACAUCCAACAAAUCAUCCAUUCUCUCAAUAUUCACCUAGUCGUCAUUCAAUCAGUCAGACAGAUGAACAAAUGUUACGUGUUCGACGUUUUGAACGAAAUAAACAUGGUGAUGUUAUUAGUAAAGGUGAUCGAGAUGUUCCACAGAUAGAGAUAUUUGCAUCCAGGAGUCCAUCGGGUGAUUCACGAGGAUCAGUAGUUUAUCCACGAUCAAUACCUGAAAGUAGUCAAAAUCUCUCUGAAUCAUCAUUAAGUGAUGAGGUGAUUGAGAUCCCGGCAAUCACUACAAAUUUGGCUAGUUCACCAAGAGCUUCAAAUGAUGGUUUACUUAAAAUUUACAGUAAGCGUGCAAGUAGUCCAGUUAGAGGAUUUAUACCAGAGACUAGACUACGUUCUAAAUCAUGGGCAAUUGUAACAGAAAGUCCAGAUAAUUCACCUAAUAAAUUAGAAUCACCAUCUGGUGGUGAACUAUUUCUAGAUGAUCGUUUACUUCAAGUUCAAGUAAUUGGUACAGCCAGAGUUGGUAAGACAAGUAUGUGUAUGCAAUUUCAUACUUCAGAAUCAAUUGAAGAUCCUAAUGAUUCAACCUUGGGGAUUCCAUAUGAGGGUUUGCCUUGUGAUACAGUUGGUUACUUUCUUCAAUAUGUGUUCUAUCCACUUCCACCACUUCUUCCUGAUUUCUUCCUCCAUUGGUAUCUGGUUCGCUCUCAGGCACAGUAGGUUGUUGGUGAUAUUGUCUGGUCAACGGAUCCGAAUUAUUUUGCGUAGACAGCUGUUAACAAACACUUGUAUCUUCUGGAUGAUGGCUUUCGUGU